UCGGAGUGGUAUUACUAUUCCAAAUUUACCAGCCUGGAACUCGAAUUUUAUGAGCGAUUUGAAUUUUAACAUGUACAGUUUUGAAACGCUUUCUAUAGCCCUAAGCCCCACCAAGGACUUCAGCACCGAACUCGCAAUUCUCGAACCCUUUCGGAAACGGAAUCGACAAUUUUCUCCUUGUAAUCUACGUGACUCGGUGAAUCACCCGCUGGAUUGCGGUGAUAUAGCAAUGCUGUGAGGAAAAGAGUGAGGGCGUACAAUGGCGGGUUCAAUGUGCCCCGCGACUGUUUUGAGCGGGCCAUCCUGCGCCCGGGUCUCUUCUCCAAGCUGGAACGUUUUAAACAGGGCUUCCAAAUGUUUCAUUAGAGUUUCGAAGUUUGCGCCAUUGUUUUGUGGGGCGUUGAAGACGAGAAAACGGGGUUCUCCUGUUAAUUUUACCGUCAUUCCAGGCAUUUCAGAUCAAAGCACUAUUUUCAGAGUGAGUGUCAAAUCAUCUCAUAUACGAGCGGAAGUCAAGAAUGAGCCAGUGGAUGUAGUGAUUCUCACGAAUGGGCCCGGUGAGGUGGCCACCUGGGUGAAGCCAGUGGUUGCAAGGUUGCGGCGGACAGCGGAGGACCAUGCAAUGGACAUGCGCAUCUCGGUUCUCUUGGCACCCUGCCCUCAUGCCUCUGGAAAAGAGCUCCAACUCCUUCAAUCAUUCGACGAGAUUGAUCGGUGCCAGGGACCAGAAGAGUUUUACUCACUCCUACUGCUUGGUCGAACACGAAGUGGUUGGGAUUGGCGUAGGCGGGGAGUGUGCAUAUUUCUAGGCGGCGACCAAUUCAACACGCUUAUCCUGGGAUGGAGGUUAGGUUACAAGACGGUAGUAUACGCAGAAGACGCAGCACGAUGGCCGGGCUUUGUAGAUUUAUACAUGCUACGUUCCGAAGAGCUCGUGUUGGAAGUGCCGCAAUGGGCUCGCAGCCGAUGCCUGGUUGUUGGAGACCUUUUCGUAGAUGCAGUGGGAUGUUCACCUUCAUCAAUCUCCUGGAGUUUAUCUGACAAACUGCAGUCUCGGGCGCAAGAUAGGAAUGUUGUCCCAAUUGUUGGUCUUCUGCCGGGUUCCAAGGAUGCAAAAUUGGCCAUUGGCGUCCCCUAUUUUAUGGCGGUCGCAGAUCAUUUACAUCAACUUUUGCAGGGCCAGGUGCGGUUUGUGCUACCUUUGGCUCCCACUGUUACCGUGACUGAGCUUGAACGCUUUGCCGAUGCAGCUUCCAACCCCCUCAUAUCACGUUUUCACUGGUCUUCUGGUCACUUCGUUGGGAAGCAAUCUGUGAAAGUAGAGAAAAUCUCAAAAUUGCGGCAAGAAGAACCUGAGGAAGGGUCAACUUGGAAUUCAUCGGAGUUACUCAAAGUUGAAGAACUGGGGCAGCUAGUGACGGAGGGAGGGGUGGUCAUAGAUAUUCAGCAGCAAUUCCCGCCAUAUUCUCUUUAUCAAGGCUGCUCCGUCUGUCUUACAACAGUGGGUACAAAUACGGCAGAGCUAGGGACAUUAGGUGUCCCCAUGCUUGUGGUAUUGCCGACUUAUUUUCUUGAGACUUUCAGGGGAGCGACAGGAGGAAUACUUGGCCUGCUAUCAGCAAUCCCCGGUCAGGCUGGUGCAGCGAUGGCUCACUUUGUCAACCUUUUCAUACUCAAAACAGCCGGGUUUAUCUCGUGGCCCAACAGGUGGGCUGGAGAGACAAUUGUUCCAGAGCUUAUUGGUGAGAUCGAUCCUCAGGAAGUAGCAGCUUUAGCUGCUGAAUAUCUUCAAUCACCAGACCGACUCCAAGCAAUGCACGAACGCCUUCUUGACCUCCAAAUGCCGCGGUCUGUUUCCAAAGGAGGCGCAGCACAUUCCAUCGCAGUCGCUGUUCAGCAAUUAUUAUAAAGCAGUUGCGUGCGAAGGCGAAGCGACAAGUCGUGAGCAAGCGCAUGCCAACAGUCCAGUUUCGUCUUUGAUGAAAACACUACUUGUGUAUCGAACAGCUUUUCUGCUGUUUCAUCGUUCUUAUUAGAGAAAACUUACAGCCAAUUAAGUUCAGGCGAUUCCUGUUUCGCGUCGAGCCCUUGGGGCUACCUGCUGCUCCACUCCUUUGUGAUAAAGUGUCGCCUUCGGUAACGUUGGCAAUCACUGGCAUAUGACAUUUGUCCACUGAUCAAUUCGUGCGGGUGGGUACUCUCAAGUUUACAGGAAGCAGUAAUUAUAGCUAAACCAGUGGCGCUUGCUGAAUGAGUCAUGAUAAAUCUUUCGAUAUUGUCUCAACUCUCCUUGCCAUUCACAUCGCCAAUUAGCUGGUGCAACACGUUGCACAGCUGCUACAGUGGAGGAUCGCGAAGAGAAAUCGAUGCAAUAUUUGAUAACAUCUUUAAUGUAUAUUUUCUACGUUACGAUACAUGCUCAAGUUAAGGAAAGGCA